GAGUACUUGUAGUUCCUUCGGCGAGCGUCCUAUCCUGGUCAGCAAAAGGUCAAAAGGUGGGAACACUACUGAUCGGAGGUUGGCGCCAUCGCGCGUCCUCUGCCGUCUCCCCUUGGAUCAGGCUGAUCGAUUGAAACAUAUGACUGCUUGCCUCGGGAGGCUCGCUCUAAUCCCUCCCCGAGGAGGGCGCGGGGAAAAAGACGGGGGGGGAUAUGAAGGCAAUGAGAAGGGAGGCGGAGGAGGAGGAGCAAGCAAGCGAGCAGCCAUCGCCAAGAGCCCCAGAGAUAAAUGCCAGAGGCCUCCAAGCAGAGUGCCCGAGGAGCGGCCGAUGCUGUCUGCCGUCGCUCCGGUGGCCCAGCUCCGCCACGGCAGAAGGCUGGCCGCCGCACAAGCACGUCGGCCCCGCAACGGCCAGGCUGCCACCGCUCCCAGCUGGCCAAAAAGAGGCUUGCCCGGCGGUCUUUCCGCCGUUCAUAUAAGCUCGAAAUACCCGCGGCACCGCAGCGCCAAAGGGAUCCGAUACAACUAAAAAAUACUACUAAAAGCCAAGUGUUGCAGCGAUCACGGCGAAUGACAACACGAAGUGGCCCCUGUGAGCCAGGCGAGAAGGUGGCGCUGGUAACCAUCGCGGUGAAGGCGUAACAAUGCUCCGCUGCAUCGCGGUGAAAAAACCGACGCUGGUGACCCUCGUGCGGCAGGCCAGCUGACGAUGGGGGACGUCCCUUGUGAGCCGGGCCCUGCUUUGCCAGUCGACUGUCAGAAUGCCGGGGCGUAUGUGAGCGCACCCGCUCAAUCCCUGCCUGGGCUUACCCAGAGCUCCUCAGGAAGGUAGGCCGCAUGGGGCCCGCAGCUUGGAUACAAAAUCCAUCUGCCCGAGAGCUCGGAGCGAGGGCCUCCAGGGACGCCGGAAACUGUCGGGGGCAACCCCUCGGCCGCGGGGCAGCGCUCCGAUUGAGACAGCGCCGCCCACAGAAGCGUCUCCUCCGCGCCAACGGAGGCUCUGA